AUGGGCAGGCCUCCGGUUCAGAGCGGUGGUGGUGGCGGCUGCAAUGUCCUGCCUCCGAAACCCUCGCUCUCGCUGUCGCCGCCGACGGAGGAACCUCCGGAGAGUGACAUCAGCCACAUGCCGGACUCCCCUGCGCGCAGCCUCGGCCACCGCCGCGCGCAUUCAGAGAUCAUCGGCCUCCCCGACGACCUUGACCUCGGCGUCCCCGGCGCCUGCGGCGACGGGCCGUCGCUGUCGGACGAGAACGAGGAGGAGCUCUUCUCGAUGUUCCUCGACACCGAGAAGUUCAACGCGCAGCUGCGCGAGGCGUCGGAGACGGGGUCGUCCUGCGCCUCGGCGGGGCCGAGGCCGCGGCAUCACCACAGCCAUUCCAUGGACGCGUCGAGCUCUUUCGACGCGGAGCAGCUGCUCGGGACGCCGGCGACGGAAGGGAUGUCGACGGUGGAUGCCAAGAAGGCAAUGUCGAACGCGAAGCUCGCAGAACUAGCCCUUGUCGACCCAAAGAAGGCAAAGAGGAUUUGGGCCAAUAGACAAUCAGCAGCGAGAUCGAAAGAAAGGAAGAUGCGAUAUAUUUCUGAACUUGAGCGGAAGGUGCAAACGCUACAUGCAGAAGCAACGACAUUGUCAACCCAGUUGGCACUUCUACAUAGAGACACUGCUGGGUUGUCUACUGAGAACAGUGAACUGAAGAUGCGCCUGCAGAAUGUGGAGCAACAAGUCCAUUUACAAGAUGCUCUGAACGACGCCCUGAAAUCAGAGCUCCAGCGCCUGAAGAUGGCGACGGGCCAGAUGGGCAGCAACGUGGGAGGGAUGAACUUCAUGGGCCCGCCCCCGCCGCACUCGUUUGGAGGGAACCAGCCAAUGUUCCACAUCCAGAGCCAGGCGGCAAUACCGCCGAUGAUGCAGAUGCGCCCUCACCACCAGCAGCCACUGCUGCACCCUCUGCAACUGCAAGCCCAGCAGCUGCAGCUGCAACACCAAGCUGCUGCUGGUGCUGCACAACAAUCCAACCUGAAAAUGAAACGGACCAUCUCUGCCCCCAACCAGUGGAUUGGCGGGUGGUCCGAGAGCUGUGGCAAUUGAACGAGGUCCGACUACUUCGACGACCUAUUUGGAACGCAGGAAUUUCACGAAAAAUCUUGAAAUGUAUUACCUGAGGUACUCGGGGAAAAAGAUGCUGCAUUCUGAACAGACCGAGGGAGGCCAUAUUUUUAAGAAAGUAGUUAGAUAUCAAAAGAUCGUUUGUUCUUGGGUAUUACCCAUGGGUAGAUUUGUCGUUGAUCAAUAGCC